AUGUCGUUGGUAUCAUUUUUGAAGUCGUGCAAGGCCCAGUUGGCGAAAUCCGUCCAGCAACUUCACCAGAUCACAUUUGUGACUGGAAAUCAGUCUUCUGACAUGGAUUCGGUCGUUUCAGCAAUUGCAUAUUCGUACUUUACACAUUGCCAAAAUACAAGCGAGAAAAUUAUACUACCGUUUGUUAACAUACCAGAGGCAGAUCUUAGCUUGAGAAGGGACAUCCAGUAUGCAUUAAGUAGCAUAGGAAUACAAAGUCAAGACCUUAUAUUUGCAGAUGACUUGAAAAGCAUCCCAACAGACACAAAAAUGCAGUUGGUGCUUGUUGAUCACAACAAACUCGAAGGCGAGAAUGAAGCAAUUAUGAAAAAUAAAUUCCACGCACAGGUGGUUGGAAUCAUCGACCACCACAAGGAUGAGGGACUUUAUCUGAAUGCCAAUCCCAGAAUUCUCCAAACCGUUGGAUCUUGCAGCACUUUAGUGCUUACACACUUGAUGGACACGAUAAAGAAGUCCAGCAUUGACUUGUCGACGGGUCGAUUUCUGGUGUCGGCAAUUCUUUUAGACACGGGCAAUCUAAAGGAUACAUACAAGACAAAACCGGAGGAUGUGAAUGUUAUAAUGCAGCUCAAAAAACAGGUGGAUGGUCUUAGUGAAGAUGCUUUGAAAAAGGAAAAUAAGACCCUUCACAAACAGAAACGGUCAACUGAAGGCUUCAGUUUUACGGAUAUUCUAAGAAAGGAUUAUAAGGAAUACGUCUGUGGCAAAUUUAGGGCAGGUAUUAGUUCUGUUGGUGGCUCACUUGCAGAUCUUACGGCCAAAUAUGGUAGGAAAGAGAUUGAGAAUUCCACCAAGAAGUUGAGAGAUGACAGACAGCUUGAUUUGAUGAUUAUCAUGAACAGCUAUAAUGAUGCUUCGAAAAAACACUGCAGACAGAUAUCCGUGGUUGGAAAACCGGGGGUUGCUCUUUCGACAGGUUUGGUGAACUCUGUUAAUAAGCCUUUACAAUUGGAGAGCCAGCUUACGGUACUAGCAGAUGAUAUUCAGAGCUUUGAGCAGGUGAAUGUGGCGGCUUCCAGAAAGCAGGUUGCACCACUUGUGACCGAGUUUCUUGAUUCUAUGUAA